GCCGUGUACUGUGCCUACACUGUGUUCAGCAUGUUUACUUAAUCUGUGUCUGCUGGAACAAGUUAGUGUAAGUUUCAGUUUCUGCGAAGUCGUCGGGUGAAGACAUGGCUCCCGUUCUGUUUGACAUAGAUGCGAAGCCGGGGGACCUGAUAGAAAUCUUCGGUGGGGUGUAUCACCACUGGGCUGUUUUCAUCGGAGGAAAUGAAGUCGUUCACUUAAUUCCUUCAACGCACAGAGGAGGAGAUCUGCUCGAGGUGCUCGCCUCCCUCGAGAGCAGCGACGCUACAGUGAGGCGUCAGAGGAUCUGGGAAGUGGUCGGGUCCAACCGUUUCCAGGUCAACAACCUCCUGGACGACAAGUACCGGCCUCUUGACCCCAGCGCCAUCGUCAGCAACGCCGUGAAGAUGGUGGGCCGGGAGCGUCCGUACAACGUCGCCACUCAUAACAGCGAACACUUCGUCACCGAGCUUCGAUACGGCAAACCGGAAUCACGACAGGUUCAAACCGCGGCUGUGAUUGGAGGUGUCGCCGCCGCCGGCGUGGCGGUCGCAGUCGUGGGAGCCGCUUUGUUUUCUGCCUUCCGCAAAAAUAAAGAAAAAAAGUGAUCAUGACUGAAAGUGCUGGAAGGUGUUUCAGCGUACCCCAAACUGCAUGAAGAAAGGUUCACUUUUCCAAUUCAGGUUUUUGUUCAUCGUAUAUUUGCAAAUGUUAAUUGCACUAUUUUGUAUUAAUUCAUGAUGUUUCAUUGAAAAGAAAAGGUUAUCCUGCAGCUUACAACUGAACUAGUGACGUUAAUGUUUUUGUUGUGAAUAAAUGCGUAUAACUGAUUCAAAUUGGA